UUGAGGCCUAACGAGCGAAGACAUUUCUUGUAGUUGUUUUGUUUGAAAGUAGUAAAUAUAAAGAUGUCGUUUGGUGCAGACGCCAUUAAAAACCCGCUGCAUGACAAAAUAACGGAGAUGCAGAGAAAAAUCCAGCUUCUGGAGGGCGACAGAACCGCAUACUACGAGAGCUCUCAGUUGACUAUCAAGAAAAACAAAGAAAGUAUUCAACAGCUGAGGCAGGAAAACAAGAAGCUGCACAGAAAACUGGCCAACGCCAAAGCUGGGGAUGAACAUAUCAUCAAAGCAGCAUUUCAGAACAGAGGUUCAGAGAAGCACGCCUUCCGCAACAUGUCAGGGAAGGUGGCCCUGAACACUAUGGAUCAGAAGGUUCUGUCCAAGGUGAAGCGUCUCAACGCUCUUAAACACACCAGCCACAGCUACCAGCAGCGGGUGGAGGAGUUGAGGGAGGAGUACAAGAGGAGGGAGCCGGAGGAGAGCAGUGGAGCUCUGUCUGCUGACGCUCACACUCAGAAACAGGAGGAAGAAGCCAUGAAACUUCGAGCGCUGGAGAACAGUCUGGAAAAAGCUCAGUUCAAAUGUAAAGAGGCUGACAACAUCUUUAGCAACUACCUUAAACUCAAGUCUCACCUGCAGGAUGAGAGUCUGACGUUCCAGGGCCAGUUGGACCAACUGGAGGCAGAAAUCCUGAGGCACAGAGAAGAACUUGAAGGCCUGCGAGUCAUGAACAACAACGCUCAACUCUCUAAAGAAGCUGCAAAGGCUGAGUUACAGCGGCAGGAGGAGCUGUUGAAUAAGGAGCGUAAAGAGAGGGAGCGAAUCCUAACCACCUACAGGAGGAGGGUGGAGGAGCAGAAGGCCCAGGCUGAGAAGGUGGAGCGGAGGACUCAGAGAUCAGCCAUGCAGCAGGAUGAACUGAGCAGUGAGGUCCAGCGCAGCAUCACCAGGAUGACAGGAGAGGAGAAGUCCAUCUCCACUCUGGAGGAGACCUUCCACCACAUCAAGGAGGCCACUGGCGUCACCAACAUACACGAGACGGUGGAGUGUUUCAUCGCACAGAAGGAGACACACCAACAUCUGGAGAAGCUGAGGACAGAGAACCAGACAGUCCUGCAGCAGCUGAAGGAGCAGAAGGAGCUCCUGGACCAGCAGUUCCAGGAUAUGAAAUAUUCAGGAGAGGACAAACUCUCCAGUAACCAUCAGGUGUUGGAGGAGAGAGAGCAACAACUGCAGGCUCAGCAGCAGAGAUGUGACGCAGCAAAGGAGAAUCUGGACUCACUGACCAAGACCCUCAGUACUGUGAGAGCGGGAGUGGAGCAUCUGGCUGACAAACUUCAACACAUCACACUGAGCCAGGACGGGGCAGCACGAGUGUCUCCAGAGUCACAGGACUUAGUUUUGGAGCUGCUGGCCCAGAGUGAGCUGAAGCUGCAGUCACUGCAGAAGGAGCUCCAGGGGAAGGAUCUGGCUGCAGUUCUGAAGGAGAUGGAGGAGGAGGAGUUCUCCAUCAGGAUUGAAGGUAAACUGCCGGACUACAACACCAGAGUCAACCCCCCCGAGGACCCCAGACUGGACCUGCAGGAUAGUGAGGAGGACAGCGAAGAAGACAACGCUGACCUGGUCAGCAGGGAGGCGCUGAAGCGUCAGUCUCAGCUGAUCGUCGACUCCAAAUCCAAGAAGAAGCCGUGGAACAAAAGGAAGGGAAAGUUCUGAUUCGACAGGUCAGACAUUAGACUCCAGAGCCACAACAACCAGUGGUCAGACUCAAAAACAACUAAAAUGGACAAACUGAAAAAAGGUUUCAUUAAUGACACUUAGUGGUGAACAUGGUAACAGGGAGGUAGGACUCCAGGGUUCACCCCUCCCUGUUCCCAGGACUAUUAGGAAUCCAUGAUGACCUUUACUAACCUUUACAUUUCUGUCACUUCUCUUCUUGGGGCAGAGAUGUCUUAGUGGUUAAGGAAGCGUACUUGGGUCUGGAAGGUUCAGGUUCGAGUCCACUAACUGCCAAGUUAUUACUGAGGUGCUCUGACCAUGACACCGUCCCCGGGCGCUAACGGGUUAAAUGCAGAGUUCACAUUUGGUUGUGUGUAGUGGUGUGCUGUGUCACAAUGACAAAUAAUUUGCUUUCCUUCCUUUUUUUCUUUCUCCUCCACCUUCUUCUUUUUCUUCUUCGUCUGACUGUUAUUUUCUAUAUUUACAUUAACGUCAGCGGCAGUUUAGCUUAACUUUUUUUUACUUUUAGGAUCAGCUGUUAUGAGAUAAUAAUAUUCGUAUCCAACGCCUGUGAAGGUUCAUCCAUAUUUUUCAGGCCAGGGAACCUAGAACUGGAGACCAGGGGCCCAAACAUACCGUAUAUACCACAAAAUUAUUUUAUUUUUUUUACAUUAUUUUAAAUUGUAACUACAUUAAUGCACAGGUACAUACAGUAAAUUUUUAUUUUUACUUUAAUCGUGCAAAAAAAAACCCCCAAAUUGAUUUUGGGGUUUUUUUUUUCCAUUUUACAACUUCCCCUAAAACAUAGUCAUGGACCACCUAGGGGCCACAAACCCCAUGUUGAAUACUUCAGUUGGAGUCCUUAUUCCUGUGUGCAUCGCAGCAACACAGUGUUGUGUGCAGACGUCACAGGUAGAGUCAACAGUUCCAGCGUCUGUGGUAUGUCUAGAAGCUCGGGGCGGUCCUGCUGCUUUGUUCUCUGCUCUGUGGUUUUUCAGGCCAACCCUCUGAAUGAAAACACAAUUAUUUUGUUCUGUGUCAGAGCCACUGGCAGAACACUGUAUCUUCAUACCGCAACAUUGGUAAAUGACAGCCGUGGUGUUCUGCCUAAUUGGCUGUUUUACACACUGUGCAGAGCCGUGAUUCGUUGGUGGAUCACAGCCAGACGAACAGCCGUGAUGGACUGUGCACACGGUGUACUGCAACAUUUGUGUUUGUAAAUCCAACAGGUCAAAUCCAACAGAACUUUAGGUGAGUUGAGUACCUGUACUGUUGGUCAUGUGAGCUGCAGCUGGAGCCAAUCAGAGCUAAGUUAUCCGGGAUCCACGAACUUUUCAUUCAUCUUCUACUGCUCAGUGAUUUUCACUUUGGAAACUCUAAACAGAUGAACCAUCAAUUACCAAUGGGGAUUGAACAGUUGACCUUCCUGCUGUAAGGCCAGUUUGAUCAACAUUCAAAGUCCAAAAUGAACAUAAUGCCAUCUCCACAUAUGUGUUCAGAAGAAUGCAACACCAGUGCUCACCACUGCUGCACCGUGCAACCUCCAGGUCACAUUAAUCAUGGACACUUGAAUAGUUUGUAUUUAUUUUCUCCUUUGCUGUUUUUUUGUAAGCAUUUCAUUGUAAAAGGUCACUAUGAUUGGUCACAUUGGGGCUGUGGUUCAGUGGAUUUAUUCCUGACAGAAGGUUUAAUGUUUGAUAUUAAAUUAAAAUGUAAUAUUCAGAAGUAAACUGCUUUUAUCCUACUGUUUUGCAUCUAUUUAAGUCAACAUUUAGUGAUGUGGUCAUUUGGACAAACACUAAAUACUAUACUCCCAAAUCUGGAUUCAUAUGAUCAUAAAUAAAGGUGAUUAUAGUUUUCUCAUUAUAUUUCUAAAAUGAACUUGUCUUCAGUUUACAACCUCAUCAAAAGGUCAAGGUUUAUUUAUAGAUUUGUUUUCAGUUUAAAGUCUAAAAGAGGAAAAUAAUCAAUGAACACAGACCAGGAAAUUGCGAAUAAUUGAAGAAAAACCUAUUUACACCGGGUUCAAUCAAAAGUUCUGAUUUAAGAACGAAAAGCAAUUGUCUGGAAAUAGCUUCUUUAUUUUGAUGUUUUAAUUUUUUUCCCCCCCAAUUUGUCUUAGACUUCAGAUGAUGAACUCUGACUGACUGUUUAUUGUAGUAAACACAACCCUCACCUAGAAAUGAUUUUUGACAUAAUCCUCAACUAAUACAAAUAUCUGACAAAUAUCUUUGUUUCAUUAACCACUCU